AUGCCGAAAGGAAAGAAGGCCAAGGGGAAGAAGGUGGCUCCGGCCCCUGCUGUCAUGAAGAAGCAGGAGGCCAAGAAAGUGGUGAAUCCCCUGUUUGAGAAAAGGCCUAAGAAUUUUGGCAUUGGACAGGACAUCCAACCCAAAAGAGACCUCGCCCACCUUGUGAAACGGCCCUGCUAUAUCAGGUUGCAGCGGCAGAGAGCCAUCCUCUGUAAGCGGCUGAAAGUGCCUCCUGCAAUUGACCAGUUCACCCAGGCCCUGGACUGCCAAACAGCUACUCAGCUGCUUAAGCUGGCCCACAAGUACAGACUAAAGACAAAGCAAGAGAAGGGGCAGAGGCUGUUGGCCCCAGCUGAGAAGAAAGCUGCCGGCAAAGGGGACGUCCCCACUAAGAGACCACCUGUCCUUCGAGCCGGAGUUAACACCGUCACCACCUUGGUGGAGAACAUGAAAGCUCAGCUGGUGGUGAUUGCACACGACGUGGAUCCCAUCGAGCUGGUUACCUUUCUGCCUGCCCUGUGUCGUAAAAUGGGGGUCCCUUACUGCAUUAUCAAGGGGAAGGCAAGAGUGGGAUGUCUAGUCUACAGGAAGACCUGCACCAAAGCUCAAAAAGGCAAAGGCUAA